AUGAAUAAUUAUUCAUAUCUUUUUGAUGAUUUUGACAAAAAUUUGGAUUUCUCAGAAGAAUUAAAGAAAAGAUUUAAUUUAGAUGACAAAGAGUUUGAGAAAAUCAGAAAAAAUCGAGACUCUCAUGAAUUAAUAAAACUUGUUAAAAAGAUGGACCCUGAUUUUUACAAGGACAGUCCUUUUAUUUCGAUUGCAGAAGAUUUAUUAAAGGCUUUAAAGGAAAGUUUAAUAGAGAAAUUAGUUAUUGCUACUUCUCAUUCUAAAGGCAGAUAUACUGAAAAUGGUGAUCCUCGAAAAAUUGAAAAAUUUCAAAAGACCUUUGGUUUAUUCCCUAAUUGCAAGUUGGAAUGUAUAGAGUUAAAAGUGAUAAAAAAGACUAAGGACAGAUUGCCUAAUAUGACUUACUUACUGCCUAACUAUAAGACUAAUGAACAAGUAAAGGAAAGAAAAUUGAUAGAAGCCCUUGUCUCAAACCUCAAAGAUGAAGACUUCACAAAAGCAGCUGAGGAAUACAAAGAAAAGACUAAGACAAGCAACAAUAAAUGA